ACAUUUCGUAGAUGUGUUACCUAUAACAUUUUGUCUUUUGAAUUCUCAUCUUUACUUAUAUUGAAAUAAUAAUUAAUACUGAAAUAGUAUAGUAAGUAUAAUUGCAACGGUCAUGCUUGCCAGCACUGUGAUAAAAUUAUAUUGUUAUGUACCAUAUGAUUUAAAAAAACAUUUGGCUGGUGUACUUAAAUCCGAAAUUAAAAAGUAGUUAUAUCCUGGGUAAUAAGUUUGUAGUGGAAUACUUUUGGGAACCAAUGUGAAAGGACUCUAAACGGACAGACUUUAUUUGAACGAUUUAUAUUGUCUCGCUUAAAAGUUGAUCGUUAAUUUGUGGCCCUUUCCAAGCCUUCAGAUUGUAAACAAAUACGUGAUAAAACUAUGAAUCAAUCCAGGUCAGACAUGAGUGGUUGCUGAGAGAGAGAGAGAGAGAGAUAGAGUGGUUGCUGAUAAAGCUACGUACAACAUGCAGGGCAGCAUGAGUGAAACCAACUCCACCACCACGCUUCCCAAGGAACCUCACAAUCCUGAACGUCGUGGAACCUUCGUGUGGCAAAAUGCUAAGACGAAGGAUAGGAACACAUGGAUAAAAGUGAAGUUUGGAAGCGGGAAGUACGCUCCUGAACUUCGAUUUAACCCGAUAGUCAGCUUCAGCUCAAUACUUCUUGUGGCUGGCUUUGUACUCUGGUGCAUUAUCGAUGCUAAAGGUGCUGGAGAAAGUUUUGUAUCAGCUAAAACUUGGAUUACUGCCAAGUUCACUUGGCUUUACAUUGGGUCACAGGAUGUUUGGGCUAUUAUCAUUAUCAUCAUCUACUUCAGCAAAUACGGCAAGAUCAAAUUAGGACAAGACCACGAGGAGCCAGAAUAUAACGACAUCUCGUGGUUCACAAUGUUGUUUGCUUGUGGUGUGGGAGUAGGACUGUUUUUCUACGGAGUGGCAGAACCUCUCUACCACUACACGUCAGAUAACCGGUACACUACAGACAGCUACAGCCCCGAUAACCAGCUCGCUCAGCAAGCUAUCAACCUCACUUUCUAUCAUUGGGGUAUUCAUGGAUGGGUAGUAUACGUAGUAGUAGGACUACUCCUCGGUUUCGUUACAUUCAGAAAGGGGAUGCCCAUGACGAUGAAAUCUUGCUUCUACCCCCUGAUAGGAGAUAAGAUCUACAGUUGGCCCGGAGAUAUGAUUGAUAUCUUGUCCGUUAUCACCACAUUGUUUGGGGUGUGUACCUCGCUGGGGCUGGGAGUGGUACAGGUCAACGCGGGAAUGAACUACAUCAACCCUAACAUCGAGAAGAGUGUAACGAACCAGGUGAUAAUAAUUUGGUGUGUCACCCUGAUCGCCACCAUAUCAGUGGUAUCGGGACUCGGAAACGGGAUCCGGAGAAUCAGUGAAGUUUGUUUUACAGUGGGAAUGUUUGUGUUACUGGCAAUAUUCUUCCUCGGAGACCCUUGGUUUAUACUAAAUUUGUUCACUCAAAGUAUUGGUUACUACUUCCAAUGGAUUCUGCAGCUGGGGACACAUUCCGAUGCAUUUGAAAUGAGUGUCCCUUCUUUUGGCGGCAAGGAUCGCGGCAGAGCUUAUGAAGACACAAGCACUGAUGGCCCGAGUAGCUGGAUGGACGGAUGGACUAUAUUCUACUGGGGAUGGUGGAUCUCCUGGUCACCUUUUGUCGGAACUUUCAUUGCUAAGAUAUCCAGAGGGAGAACAAUCAGGCAGUUUGUCAAUGGAGCUCUGACGGCCCCAGUCAUUUACUCUUUCCUCUGGAUGGUAGUAUUCGGAGGUACUGGAAUACAACGAGAGCGCUCAGCAGCUGGGGUGGGCCUGUGUUGUCCUAAAUGGAACCCCCUCGUUGUUAACGGCACAUACGAGGAGGAGGGGAGGUUUGUGAGCGAGUAUGGAGUACGGAUGGAGGAUAUUGGGAGGAGUCUAAAUGGGAACUGGGAUAUUCUGUGUGAAGGUGCCAAAUGUAAUCCUUGUGCUGAGAAGAUCAUUGGGUGGUAUCUGACUAGAGAUAACCAGUCUGCAAUUCUUUCCGCAGAAUCUCACGAUACGUUCACUGACCUUUAUAAGACCCUGAUUGCGACGCGGGGAAGAUUCGGACAAACGUCUCACGAUUACGCUGAAACCAGGUUGUCCUGUUUUGGUAUUGAUGACAUGUGGUUCGCCCUGAUGUACUCGUUUGGAGACGUGGGCCCCUUUCUUUCUGGGUUCAGUAUGUUCGCCAUCGUCCUCUACUUCGUCACUAGCUCCGAUUCUGGCAGUCUUAUCAUCGAUAUCAUUUCCGCUAAUGGUGACCAGGAACCUCCAGUGUUACAGCGUUUGUUCUGGGCCCUGGUUGAGGGUGCUACUGCUACUGCUCUACUAGCUGCUGGCGGAACUGAUUCUCUAAAAGCUCUCCAGACGGCGAGUGUUAUCACGGGACUGCCCUACACUAUCCUCCUUUGUUUCAUGUGUGUUUCAUUGUGGAGAGCUCUGGCAAUGGAGCUUGGAGAUAUCGACCCGUUCGGACCUGACUUCGCGUUCACUGUACUCGACCCCUUCACUUCUAUAAAACCGAGGCUGUGGUUGGAUAUAAUCAAGGAAAUAGUUUUGACUCCGGUGACACUGUACCGAGUAAUGGUGGAAUUAGACAGUGGAGCGAAGUACUCUGGGGUACUGAUGUGCUGCGUUACUGUGGUAACCUGGCUAGGAUUCAUUAUUCUGCUUCUCGCUGAGUACACUACUGAGGUGACAGGAAUGCUGGCCCUCUCUCUCGUCUUCUAUUUCUUCUUCGUCUCGCUCGUCUCCAGCGUGCGAGUCUCAGUUCGACUUGAUAAAGGCAUCAUAGGAAACCCUGUGGAGGACUUCUUCUGCUGUUUCCUCCUCUAUCCAGUAGUCGCUGUACAGAUGACUGAGACAGUGUUCGGCUCCGAUUACCGUAUGACUUAA